AUGUCUCUAUGGGUACAACGAACAUCGACAGGUGGAGGAACUCUUGUGCAUUACUCGGUACAAACAAAUGGUAAAGGAUGGUGUAUUGUUCCAAUAGGAUUUUCCUCUGCUGGUAAUAUAAUUGCUACUGUUUGGGCGCCACAAAACCAGGUAACAGGUCCUAUUCUAUCGGUCAACACGUGGACACAUAUUGCCACUACCUAUUCACAAACAUAUGGGCUUACAUUGUAUGUUAAUGGAGUAUUUGUUGGUAGUACAGCUCCACAGUCCAAUGAUGCACCAGAUACAGCGAUUAUUCUGAUACUGGGCAACUCACUAGGUGGUGGCGGAUGUAAUUCACAGUCAAUUGUAACAGGUAUAUUUUCUGGCUAUUUAGAUGAGUUUCGUGUUUACUCACGAGAACUCAGUGCUAGAGAGGUAUCUGCACUUACUAAAGAUAAAAGCUGCAGUGACGGAAUUAUGAACGGUGAUGAAACGGACAUCGAUUGUGGAGGUUCAUGUCUUACAUGUGCUGUGGAUUCUUCAUGUCAAUCAUUAACUUAUAGUCCAUAUGUAUCAUACUCGACUGGAAAUCAACCAGGGUCAAUUAGUAUUGCUGAUUUAGAUAAUGAUAAUAACAAUGAUAUAAUCGUUCUCAAUGCAAAUGAUGCAAAUCUUGGAAUUUAUUUUAAUCAAGGAAAUGGAACCUUUCAAACACCGAUAAUAUUUCAAACUGCUAGUUAUCCUCAAUUUGUCGGAAGUGUUGAUUUAAAUAAUGAUAAUAACUUAGAUUUAAUCGUAGCUCAGGCUAGUGAUAAUAGUAUUGGUUUAUUUAUUGGUCUUGAUAAUAAAAGUUUUAGCUCACGUAUGGAUAUUCCAGUUGGUUCUUAUC